AUGGACGACAUAACAAAGGGAUCGACUGUGCAAGAUAGUGGUGAUUACGUCAAGGAACACAGUAGCGUGCGGUCCCCAGUGAGUUCGGUGCCUCAGCAAAAUGAAUCUUUUAAUGCUUCGAAAGAAAAGGCAACUUCAAAAUCCUCUUCGACAAUAAAAAACAGCUCGGAACAUGUGGAAGACCACGACACUAUACCCACUACCAAAACGACAGACUCUACCAACUGGAAUGCUUCGCAAACGCCGAUAGAGCUAAAGAAGUCUUCCACUAGAUCAGUGACAGAAAUGAGAUCAAUGUCUGCAAAAAGUCCAGCUGUAUCUUCACGUGAAACUCAAGAAAGUGAGAGAGUCGUGCAGAUCAGUGAAGCGGUACGAUACAAGAAAGAUACAUACAUGCUAAUAAUUUCGGUGGUGACUAUUGUAUUAUCCAUGUUUGCUUUCCUCGUAUCAAACCUGCUGGGUAUAUUGAAAAUCAUCACGACUGUCCUCAUCACGGUUAGUCUUGCAAUCGGCUGGAUGCUAAGAACCGUGCUAGCAGUGAACACAGCAAUUGUAUGUAUGAUCUUUGCUGCUGGUACCGAUGUUACUAUCAUAGCUGAAGCUGUGCAAGGGAACUCAGCACCAAGAGAAGCAUUUCUUGCUAUAUUGUCGUCAUUGAUGUGUAUUGCAGUUUUCAUUCAUCUUUUCGUUGUAACCAACGAUGUUCGGUUGCGGUACAAAAGCGAGCAGAGCGAAAUUCUUUAA